UUGACUUCCUCCAAAUCUCUUUCAUCACUGCUCCUUCUCUCAUAUCUAUCUAUAUAUGUGUGUGUGCGGGUGAUUGGUUUCUUUGCUAGGAAAGGGAGAGAGAAAAUCGGUUUCUUUGCCAGGAAAGAUAGAGAAAAUGAAGAAGAAUUACCUGGCCAUGAAGACGGGGCCAACUUCAUCGGAGUUGAUCACAUCUGAUCUGCAUGAUCUUGGCCGCACAACAAAGAGGCUGGCCAAUGAUGCCAUGAACCUCACUUUGGGCUCCGGUUUGGCCACUACUUUGCUCCAGUGGGUCGCUUCAGUUUCGGCAAUUUAUUUGUUGGUGUUGGAUCGAACAAACUGGAAGACCAACAUUCUCACAAGCCUUUUGGUGCCUUACAUCUUCCUCAGCCUGCCUUCAUUGCUGUUCAACUUGCUCAGGGGAGAAAUCGGAAAAUGGAUCGCUUUUGUUUCGGUCGUGCUCCGCCUCUUCUUCCCGAAACAAUUUCCAGAUUGGCUGGACAUGCCGGGGGCUUUGAUUCUGCUCUUAGUGACAGCUCCCAGCCUGUUUGCUGAUACGGUGAAGGAUAGCUGGAUUGGCCUAGGAAUAUGCCUCGGCAUCGGCUGUUACCUGCUGCAGGAACACAUCCGAGCCUCCGGCGGGUUCAGGAACUCAUUCACCAAGAGCAAUGGCAUCUCCAACACCAUCGGCAUCAUCGUCCUCCUCGUCUAUCCGGUCUGGGCUCUAAUCUUCGCCAUCCUAUAGGCACCCACCAUCGAUCUUUCUGUAGUCUUUGCUUGCUGCUUUGUCUCCUGGUUUGCAUUUCUGAAUAAAUCAUGUUGCUUGAUUGAUUUACCUGUGAAGCACCCUCAGUUUGUAGUGGACAUUGCGAAACUCUUGUGUUCUUCUAUAUGAUGAUGGAUGAUCUUUGUGUAAAGACAUUAAAACAUAGUAACAUGGCUCUGUGUCGGUAAGAAUAUGCCUGUAAUGAAGACUCGAAUCGGCCAUUGAAACA